AAAUACCAUUUCACCAAUACACACAAACAAAGCGCAGUAAUAAUAUAAGAUUCAGUGUAGCUAUAAUGGACGACCCAUGAUUUCAAUCACGGCCGUGUUAUCGGUGUUUUGACGAUAUCCGAUCAAUCAUCUACGUCAUUAUAAUUCUCUAUAUUGUGUUAUAGUAAUGGACAUAAUCAAUUACUUUUUGUUAUUUCAGGACAGCAGCAACAACAAAUAAAUUAGGUACACUAGCUGAUUAAUAAACAUGUGGAAAAUUUAAAUGUAAAGUGAACUUCGUCAAUGAUUUUGGCAGCUUCACAACAUUACAAUUUAAUAGUCUACCGCAUGUCAAAGUAGCCUCAUGGAAGUCAUAUGUUAAUAGGUGCGAAUUUCCAAUGAUAUUGGGUAGGUUGAUGACUGUACCUAAUCAAUCAAUUCAAAAAAUAUUUGAGUAAAUGUUUUUAAUCGAAUACAAUGACAAGUAUCUAAGUACUUAAUGAUUAAACAAAUAACACUGCCUUUAAGGCUGACCUAGGUAGGUGUAGAACAAAACAUUUGGGCCGUAGAUGGGUCACAUCCUGGGCUUGCACGUGCUAAGUUGAACUCUUGAAACGCACGCGACUCCCGAUCGGAUACGAGGGUUCUGUCGGAAGCCCGCACUGUCAUUAAUCGAACUACUCCUCUAAUUACGAACAUUUCCCUUCAAACCUUAUCCAUUGAUUAUUCUGAUAGCGUAUUAUAUAUAGUAAGCAGUGGAAAUGGAGCGAUGUGAUGCGUAUGUUAUCGGUAAAUCAGCGUGAGCUCAGCGCUUGCGCAGGCAGUCAAUUGUAGCGAAAGAACGCCAAACAAAUCUGCUGUUCAGUGGCGCAAGAGACACGGUGCAAAAUGGCUGCCUCGCUGGUCGCCGUGUUGGCGCUGGCUGCCACCGCACUCGGCGCGACCAUAGUUCUGUCCCUGCUGCCCUACAGAGCUCCCUCCACGGAUUCCGUGCUAACAAGCCGAAUACAUAGGACUCUCGACCCUGUAUCGUCAAGAAACGAGCCGUUGGAGUUUUCGAACUGCGGCCGAGUGUGGGUGACAGUCCACUCGCCUGAAAUCAAGGAGGCUGGUCAUCCGACGCUGGUUGAUGCUCUGGAGGUCAACUGGGACUUCGCUGGCUGCUCUUCGGUACCACAAAAUAUAGGCAUCUUCCAAAGCAGACCAACAUCAUGGAGCGAGGCAGUGUGGUACCACUCCAUCAGCGAGCCCGAGGGCUUCAUCCUCACAGACUUGUCCCUGGGCGCGGAAACCCUGCCUGGAGGCUGGCUGUCGGGGCCUGGGACCAGAGGCCCACACUGUCUGUGGCCCUGGGUGGGCGCCGGUGACGACCAGAUACAAGCAUACAACUGCUUGAAGAUACAGCCUACUUGGAUGGAGGAUAAUGCGGAGAAGAUAAGUAGCCUGCGCAUAGGCGAGCUUGCGAUACCCGGAGCCCACAACGCAGGCGCUUGGCGAUUCAACACGGAGAUCAGCAAUUUGGCCCGGGACAGCUUCGUCCUCUGCCAGGACCGCUCCAUAUGGGCUCAGCUCGUGCACGGCAUCAGAUAUUUGGACUUCAGAAUCGGUUAUUAUGACUUCUAUCAGAAUGAAGAUGAUAGAUACUGGCUCAACCACAACUUAGUACGAGUACGUCCAAUAGUACCAUUACUAAGAGAAAUUAGGAUCUUCUUAGACACCACGAAAGAGGUCGUUUUCCUGGACGCCCACCAUUUCCCCAUGGGCUUCUACGACCAAAAGGGGUCCCCACUACAGCACGCCCACGCAGGGUUCCUGGAUAUCGUCAAGAGGGAGCUGGGCCCGCACCUGGCCUUCGCCAGUGACUUCGCUACACCUGCGGGGACCAGAGGGCCCACUGUUCAGUCUCUGCUGGACGCUGAUAAAAGACUAGUCUUCAGCUAUGUAGAUAAUAGUAUAGUUAAUCAAAACAAUUGGUUGUGGCCAGUGCUACCUCACCUAUGGGCGAACACAAACAGCCCCACACAGCUCUUCCAGUACUUAGAUCAAGCAAUCACGGCUCACCCGCAGCCCAAUGCGAGAUCCCCGCUAUACUCCGCCAUGGCGCAGACUACUCCCACCAUUCUAGACAUAGUGUUCCUCCGCGGUUCUCUCAGAGAAAAUGCUGAUGCCGUCAACCGCAACGUCACAGCCCGCCUCGCCACCAGGUGGCGGCAGCAUGCCAAUAUCGUAUCAACAGACUUCUUCCUCGGCGAUGAUGUCAUCGACCUGUCUAUCGCCCUCAGUGUAGAAAGAGGCAGCCGAUUAUGACGUCACAGAAUGAGAUCGAAACACGGCGGGCUGAACGUCAAGCAGCGCCGUCGCGUGCCCUCCGCCAUACGCCGCUCCCCCUGGCUCCCUUGGCACCGCCUUCGGUCCCCCCGAGGGCCACUAACACUCUAGUUCAUAUAAUUUUUCCUGUGACACGUCACUGCCAAGUCCAAACACGAUACCAACUAGAUACAACAUAGUGAGAUAGAUUUAAGUACCUAUUUUUAUUAUUGUAUAUUAGACUUCGAGCUAGUCGAACCUUAAGACAAACUCCUUUUGUAAAUAAUAUUUAUAUGUAUUAUACAUUAUA